AUGGAGUGCUCGUGCGGCCUCGUGCGGACGCUGGUGCACAGAUACUGUGCUGGCGAGGAAAACUGGGUGGACAGCCGGACCAUCUACGUGGGCCACAAGGAGCCCCCACCCGGUGCCGAGGCCUAUAUCCCGCAGAGGUACCCCGACAACAGGAUCGUGUCCUCCAAGUACACCUUCUGGAACUUCAUCCCCAAGAACCUGUUCGAGCAGUUCCGCAGAAUCGCCAACUUCUACUUCCUCAUCAUCUUCCUGGUCCAGCUUAUCAUCGACACACCCACGAGUCCCGUGACCAGUGGCCUCCCGCUGUUCUUCGUCAUCACCGUGACCGCCAUCAAGCAGGGCUAUGAGGACUGGCUGCGGCACAAGGCGGAUCGCGCCAUGAACCAGUGCCCCGUGCACUUCAUCCAGCACGGCAAGCUGGUGCGCAAGCAGAGCCGGAAGCUGAGGGUCGGGGACGUUGUCAUGGUCAAGGAAGAUGAGACCUUCCCCUGUGACCUCAUCUUCCUCUCCAGCAGCCGUGGGGACGGGACCUGCCACGUGACCACCGCCAGCCUGGAUGGAGAGUCCAGCCACAAAACGCACUAUGCGGUCCCAGACACCAAGGGCUUCCACGCGGAGGAGGACAUAGACGGUCUACAUGCCACCAUUGAGUGCGAGCAGCCGCAGCCCGACCUCUACAAGUUUGUUGGCCGCAUCAAUGUGUACAGCGAAGCCGGCGACCCUGUGGUGAGGCCUCUGGGGUCGGAGAAUGUGCUGCUCCGAGGAGCUACGCUCAAGAACACCGAAAGGAUCUUCGGAGUCGCCAUCUACACAGGCAUGGAGACCAAGAUGGCCCUGAACUACCAGGCCAAGUCACAGAAACGCUCGGCCGUGGAGAAGUCCAUGAACGUUUUCCUCAUCGUGUAUCUCUGCAUCCUCGUCAGCAAGGCGCUCAUCAACACUGUUCUAAAGUUUGUGUGGCAGAGCAAACCCUCCAAUGACGAGCCAUGGUACAACCAGAAAACCCAGGCUGAGAGGCAGCGCAACCAGUUCCUGCAGGCCUUCACCGACUUCCUGGCCUUCAUGGUCCUCUUCAACUACAUCAUCCCCGUGUCCAUGUACGUCACCGUGGAGAUGCAGAAGUUCCUGGGCUCCUACUUCAUCACCUGGGACCAGGACAUGCUGGACGAGGACACGGGCGAGGGGCCGCUGGUCAACACUUCGGAUCUCAACGAGGAGCUGGGCCAGGUCGAGUACGUGUUCACAGACAAGACAGGCACGCUCACGGAGAACAACAUGGAGUUCAGGGAGUGCUGCAUCGACGGCCACAUCUACGUCCCCCACGUCAUCUGCAACGGGCAGGUGCUGCCCGACGCCUCAGGCAUCGACAUGAUUGACUCCUCUCCGGGCUCCAGUGGGAAGGAGCGGGAGGAGCUGUUCUUCCGGGCGCUGUGUCUGUGCCACACCAUCCAGGUGAAGGAUGACGACAGUGCUGACGGCCCCCGAAAGUCGCCUGACUCGGCCAAGUCCUGUGUGUAUAUCUCUGCCUCGCCUGACGAGGUGGCACUGGUGGAGGGAAUCCAGAGGCUGGGCUUCACAUACCUGCAGCUCCAGGAUGGCCAUAUGGAGAUCCUAAACCGCGACAACAACCUGGAACGGUUCGAGCUACUGGAGACCCUGAGCUUCGACUCGGUGAGGAGGAGGAUGAGUGUGAUCGUCAGGACAGCCACGGGCGAGAUCUACCUCUUCUGCAAGGGCGCCGACUCCUCCAUCUUCCCCCGUGUCAUCGAAGGCAAAGUGGACCAGAUCCGCGCGCGGGUGGAGCGCAACGCUGUGGAGGGACUGCGAACACUGUGUGUGGCCUACAAGAAGUUCAGCCCCGAGGAGUACGUGAGCGUGUGCGAGCUGCUACAGUCGGCCAAGGUGGCGCUGCAGGACCGGGAGAAGAAGCUGGCUGAGGCCUAUGAGCAGAUCGAGAAGGACCUGGUGCUGCUCGGGGCCACUGCCGUGGAGGACCGGCUGCAGGAGCAGGCGGCCGACACCAUCGAGGCGUUGCAGAAGGCAGGGAUCAAGGUGUGGGUGCUGACGGGCGACAAGAUGGAGACGGCGGCUGCCACAUGCUAUGCUUGCAAGCUGUUCCGCAGUAGCACCCAGCUGCUUGAGCUGACCACCAAGAGGGUGGAGGAGCAGGGGCUGCACGACGUGCUGCUGGAGCUCAGCAAGACCGUGCUGCGCAGUGGGACACUGCCCAGGGAGGACUCGGGGCUCUCCACCGACAUGCGGGACUUCGGCCUCAUCAUCGACGGGGCAGCGCUGUCCUUGGUGAUGAAGCCACGGGAGGACAGCAGCUCGGCGGGGAACUACCGCGAGCUCUUCCUGGACAUCUGCCGGAACUGCAGUGCCCUGCUGUGCUGCCGCAUGGCACCGCUGCAGAAGGCUCAGAUUGUCAAACUCAUCAAGCUCUCCAAGGAGCAUCCCAUCACCCUGGCCAUCGGUGAUGGGGCCAACGACGUCAGCAUGAUCCUGGAGGCCCACGUGGGCAUAGGGGUCAUCGGGAAGGAGGGACGUCAGGCCGCCAGGAACAGCGACUACGCCAUCCCCAAGUUCAAGCAUCUUAAGCGGAUGCUGCUCGUGCACGGACACCUGUAUUACGUGCGCAUCUCGGAGCUGGUGCAGUAUUUCUUCUACAAGAACGUCUGCUUCAUCUUCCCCCAGUUUCUCUACCAGUUCUUCUGUGGCUUCUCCCAGCAGACCCUGUACGACACGGCCUACCUGACACUCUACAACAUCAGCUUCACGUCUCUGCCCAUCCUCCUGUACAGCCUGAUGGAGCAGCACGUCAGUACCGACACACUGCACCGGGACCCAACGCUAUACAGGGACAUCGCCAAGAAUGCUCUUCUGCGCUGGCGCGUCUUCAUCUACUGGACCUUCCUGGGAGUCUUUGACGCCCUGGUCUUCUUCUUUGGUGCUUACUUCAUCCUCGAACACACAACUGUGGGCAGCAGCGGGCAGGUAUUCGGCCACUGGACGUUUGGGACGCUAGUGUUCACCGUGAUGGUGUUCACGGUCACUCUGAAGCUGGCGCUGGACACGCACUACUGGACGUGGAUAAACCACUUUGUCAUCUGGGGAUCUCUGCUGUUUUACAUCGUCUUCUCCCUGCUCUGGGGAGGGGUCAUCUGGCCCUUCCUGAGCUACCAGCGGAUGUACCACGUGUUCCUCCAGAUGCUGUCGGGCGGCCCCGCCUGGCUGGCCAUCGUCCUGCUCAUCACCGUCAGCCUCCUCCCCGAUGUGCUCAAGAAAGUGCUGUGCCGCCAGCUGUGGCCCAGCGCCACAGAGCGGGUGCAGACCCGGAAGCAGUGCCUUUCUGCCGAGCAGCCUGCAGUCUUUAUGCUCUCGCAGACCUCCGGCAGUCUCGCUUUCUGAGCACAGACAAGUGAGAGAUUCAGAUCGACGGCCCAGGUCCUGCCCCACAGCGACUGGCCCCUGCUGAAGGACUUCCUGGUGCGGCCGAGGCGGGACUAGCCGGAGGCAAGGGAAGGGGUGCAGGCCCUGUGCUGUGCCCGCCCUGCCUCCAGGUCUGCUGCGCUGCGCUUCUGUGCCCCUCACCACCAGGCGCGCCCGCCCUGCAGUCCCAUCCAGGCUCACAAGCAGCGGUGCUGGGCAUCGGCCUGGGAGGCGGGGCCCCACGCCUGGUGCUCUCUGUGGCUGGAUGACGAGACUCAGCGAUGCCCCUCGUCUAUGCGGCGGCGUGUGGGAAGGCCCGAAGAUGCUGUUGGAGGUUGAGGACACGUGGCCUGUGGGGGGCCUGGUGCCCUUUAUGCCACUCGACUCUACAGUCUGGCCCCUGCCCUGGCCUCAAUGUGCUGGACACCUGCAGGACUCCAGGGCACUUGAAGCCGGACCCCUUGGCCCUGGCCUGGCCAGUGGUUUGGGUGCCCUGUCCCUGGGGGUCACCGGGCUGCACCAUCAGUGCUGACAUUUCUGCUCCCGUCCUGGCAGCACGAGCUUGGUCCAGGGCCAUCGCCCAGACCCCCCCACUCCUGUCUUCCUCCCACAGCACCCAGGCCAGCCCUGACAGUGAUGCUGGCUGGCAGGGAGACCCCAAAGCCCCCAAGUUGCCGCUGCCAGGGGCUGGUAGGGCGGCCAACAGCUGCUUCAAGAGCCACACAGACACCCCCUGUGUGUGCCUGUGUCCCCCACAUGUUCCCAGCGCCCUGGUGACCUGGGACUGGCAGGAAAGGCCACACCCACUGCCCUCGUCAGCACAUUCAAGGACUGGCCGCAGGCGUCACCCUGCCCCAACUGCAGCGUGCGCUUGACCUGUCGGGCCCCUCUUCAAGCAGCGCAGCGGCACGUCUGAGAAUGUAGCGUCCAUGGUCUGUUUGGGGAAGGGUGUACACGCACGGAGGGAGGAUCUGGGCACCCCCAAAGCCCGUCCCUCACCCUCACCGCACACGCGGCCCUUCUGGGACACUCCUGGCUGGUGUGGGUCCCCUCGGCUGGCCACGGGGGCUGGAGGCUCACUGCGUUGCCCCUGCGCACCCCCUACCCUCUUCUGUCCCUGAAUUUCUGUCUCUAGAAACAGCCUCUUUGACGUAUUAUAGCCUUAACGGUCCUUAGGAAGACAUUUCAGUUUGAGCAGUGAACGUCAGAGGAGGACGUGCAUCCCAGGACCCUGAAUCACACAGUGCUGGGGAAGGGCCGAGUGCUCGUCCAGAAUGUUCCACGCAGGGCGCUCUGCGGAUGGCUGAGUCCCGGAGACUGAGAGGAGGGUGCCAUGGCCAGGCCAGGAGAGGGUCACCACAUACCAAAGAUCAGGACCCCAGCAUUUGGCCUUGGGAGAUCCGAGGCGGCGGCAGCCCAGGGUGCUGCCGGUGCCGGGCGGGUCCCUUGCUUGUCUGCGUCCACGCAGGGUGCCCGGCUGCCCGCGCUGGCCUGUCCACAGACGGCCGUGCAAGUCCACGUGUGUUUCGUUGACAGACGAUCCGUAAUGUAUUUUUUUAGACCUCCUACAGUUGCCUUUGCACUGAAAUAUUUUCAUAAGCAGUUUCUAUCUCUGAUUCCUUUGUGGACAUGCCACAUCUGAUUUCCGGACUCUGUCGUUGAAGCUCUUUAUUUUUUAAGUUGAGGACACUUGAGCCCGUCAUGAAGCUGAGGACAGCACCAGGCGAGUUCCCUCGGGGGGUGGCACAGGCCUGGUCCUCACGGCUGCUGCCACACUUCCUGUCCCUGCCAGUUUGGUUUCGUCCCCUCCUUCAGCCUUAAACUCAAGCCCCGCGCAGGGCAUCACACAUGCCCUCGCUCCCAUCAGCAGCAGUGGUGGCCCUGUCCUGGACUCUCAGAAGGUUGACAUAGUUGCAAGGUCGGUGUGCAGAGUCACAGCUGAGUGCCUGAGAGGAGCUGUGCUGUCUUGGGGGCCUGUCCCUGAGCAGCCUUUGAGGAAACGGGCCCGUCCUGCUGGGCCAUCGUUUGGGAGAAGGGCCAGUCCCAGGACAGCCAAUGUUAUUGCCUUAACUCGCCUUAAAGCACGUCCCGGCACUCAGAGUCCCCUAAACCCUCAGCAGGGCUGGACUGAGCCUCCAGUUCCGCUUUCCCUCCACUCUCACACGCCCCCUUCCUGCCUGCUCCUUGGGGUUCCAUGGCCUGGCCCCUGGCCCCCUCUCUUAGA